CAUCCUUCAUUUUAAAUCAACGUUAUGACCAGCACGACUCGCGCGUGCGUGUGCCAAUUUCUUCCCGCCUCCUCGCGAGCUCGUGCGCGUGAUGCUGCGGUGACGUUACCAAAGGGCUUCUGUCUCGAGGCGGCGGCAGGUUGAGUCCAGUCAUCAGUGGUCUUCUUCUAGACCGGACCCCUUUCGAGACCAGCCCGUCCCAGCCCGGGUCUUCCACAAUGAUCUCCCCUGUGAGGAAAAGUUCUAAAGUUAUUACAUCCGUGAGUGUGUCGUCAUCAAGCUAGCCCGUCUCGUGCCAGCCAGGAGGGAUAGUUGUCCUUGGUCAUGUUGUCUUCGUGGGACAUUUUGGAUGAUAAUGCUGCUGGAAGCUUCCAGGGACUUUGCUGAAGGAAGAUGAUUGGCGAGGAAAGGAGCGGCCACGGCAAUAAACAAGCUGGAGUGGCUUUGUUGAUCCGCUCCCCCAAGAAGAGACUGGUCCAACUGGGCCGGAAAGCCAGCAAUGGAUCAACACAGUCCAACAACUCGGUCAGCACCGUGCGCUCCACAGAGAGCACGGGAGUCCGGCAGCCCGCUAAGUCCAAAAUCCGCCGCCACAACAACCGCCUUUCAAGCGUUUUCAACCGCAGUCCCGUCCUGGGCGGCGCACCCGGCCGCCCGGGACGAGCGCAGCUCCAGGCGGAAGACGACCCGGCCGAGCUGUCCUGCCAGGUCUCUGUCCCGGGGAUCCUGAAGAUCUUUGGCAGCGACAUCUGCCAGGGGACCAACUACAAGAGCGUGUUGGCCACCACUCAGUCCAGCGCUAAGGAACUGGUGAAGGAAGCCCUGGACAGGUACUGUCUGGACGACGAGGAUGCCGGCGGCUACGUGUUGUGCGACGUGAUUGGCCAGACGAGUGGCGAGACCAAGUGGAGGCGGGAGUGUUUCCGCGUGGUGGGGGACAAUGAGAAGCCCCUGGUGCUGCAGUCGCUGUGGAAGCCUAAAGAAGGAUUCUCCAGACGCUUUGAAAUCCAGCGGAGGUCCAGCGUGGAGGAGCAGCGCCUGAAGGAGCGGGACACGGUGACAGCAGGCAUCAACGCUCAGGCCCGGAAGCUGCAGAAGAACCGCUCCAGAGCCACCUCGCUGUUUGUGGACGGGAGCGUGGAGGAUGCGGACGGGCUGGACUUCUGGAGAAGCUUGAGCGAGAUGGACCUGAGCGGCAUGGGCAAGGAGGCCAACGCAGCGCUCGGAGAGGAGCAGAGGGCCGAGGCGGACAAGGAGGUCGCGAGGCUCAGCCUGGAGAAGGAGGAGACGGAGAGCAGCGAUGACAACAGCACUCAGUAUUCCAUCCAUCCGCCUUUUGACUUCCCCUACUUCCUGCUUCUGCACGGCUACUGCCAUCGACAGGAUUUUGUCAUCUACCUGAUGAGCGGCAGCAGCACGGUGCUGGGCUGCUGCCGGGAGCACUGCAGCGGAGACGACGAGGAGAAGUUAAAGGUGGACAUCCUGCUCUUCGCUCCUGACGUGUUUCCUCAGCACUGCUGUGUCAGACGCGUGGACUCGGCCGCCGAGCCCACAAAGACAGUGACCGUGCUGAAGCCCCUCCACGGCGCCCUUGUCACCAGAAACGGUUUUGUGCUGAAGGAGGAGUCGGAGCUGCACCCCGGAGACCUGGUGGGCUUGGGGGAGCACUACUUGUUCAUGUUCAAGGAUCCCACCGGUGCAGCAGGAGCCCUGCAGGUCCCUCCUUGGAUGGGCAGACUGUGUCCCGGCUCAGACGCGCCGCCCUCAUCCACCUGUCAAUCAUGCAGCUCGCCUACCGCCACCAACACCCGCGCUUUCCCGCCUCGCUGCAGCGAGCCUCAGGUCCUGCUGAGCUACGAGCCUGAGCAGGAGGAACGGGUCCUGCAGGAGAUCAUGGACAUGUCGGAGCCCAGCGGACCGGCACCAAAGCUGACCGCCGCCUUCCUGCUCGGCCUCUGCAUCCAGCACUCCGCCUCCACCUUCCAGCUCCGUCACUUCCGACAGCUGCUGCUCCGCAUCGCAGCACGCAUCCAGCACGUGGUCUGGGACAAGACCAAGGAGCUAGCUAGCAUGCAGACAGGAAGCGGGACUGAAGGGACGCUCCUCCUCAAGACUGAAGGUCUGAUGUCAGGCCUGCGGCCGCUGGCUCUGUGGAUGGCCAACUCCAUCGAGCUGCUGCACUUCAUCCAGCACCGAGUCCCUCAGCUCAUGGCCUGGAGGCGGGACCACCAAGGUCUGAGGGAUGAGGACGUGUCCUUCACCCGCUCUGCCUGUGAGGAGGCCAUGACGGUCCUGGAGGAGGUCAUCAUGUUCACCUUCCAGCAGUCGGUCUACUAUCUCACCAAGAGUAUGUACUCCGCCCUGCCGGCGCUGCUGGACGGGAACCCCUUCUCGGAGAGCGGCCAUCUGCGGGUGCCGGACGGGCUGAGCAGCAUCCUGGAUCUUCUGCAAGAAGCUCUGCGGCUCUUCAGCGGCUUCCAGGUGCACCCCGACAUCCGCUUGCAGCUGUGCGCCUACCUCUUCUUCUUCAUCAACGCCUCGCUCUUCAACACGCUCAUGGAGAGAGGCUCCGUGGUCGGCUUCUACCAGUGGUCUCGUGGUGUCCAGAUGCGGGCCAACCUGGACCUGCUGAUGGACUGGGUCCACGGCGCCAGCCUGGGCGACGUGGCCGCCGACUUCCUCCAGAAGCUUUCCGCCGCCGUCAACCUGCUGGCCACGCCCAAAGAAACCCUCCUGCAGGCGUCGUGGUCGUCUCUGAGGGCGGAGUUUUCCUCGCUAAACGCGGCCCAGCUUCAGCAUCUGCUGAGCCAGUACAGCACUGGGAAGAACCCCCCCGGCAGGUGGGAUCCUGGACCGGACCACGCCGAGGAGGCGGCCAGGACGGCAGACAUCCUGGAGAACUUUGAGCAGCACCCCCCGCUCAUCCUGCCCAGCAGAACCUUUGUUCUGGACCCGGGCAGCGGCAGCCGUGACCCCGCCCUCCUGGAGCAGCUGGCCCGUCUGAGAGAGGUCAUAGGUCAGGGCCAGGAGGUCCUGACUGGAGGAUCUCCUCCUCAGACACUCUCAUCACACAGCGGAACCCGCCGGGACCGGGACACCCCCUCUCAGGCCACGUCCACUGAGACCCCUGGUUGUCACGGUGACCUGAGCAGCAGCCAGGAGGCCCUGAUCCAUAACCUGAAGAGUCUGCAAGUUGACAGCCCAAAGGACCACCACAAGAACCUCCAUCUGGACCCCUCCUGCGUCCUGACACGGCCCGACACCCCCCAGGGCGCACAGCAGGAGGCGGAGUCUCAGCAGGGUGCUGGAGAAGAUGACGGGCGGGAAGACGUGUUCACCGUGGAGAUCCACAGAGGACCCCACGGCCUGGGCCUGGCGCUCGUAGACGGCACGAAGACGGCGCUGAGGAUGAGCGGAAUCUACGUCAAGUCUCUGGUUCCCGAGUCUCCUGCCGCGCUGUGUCGACGACUCAAGACGGGAGAUCGGAUUCUGGCGGUGAAUGGGGUCAGCUUGGUGGGUUUGGAGUACAGCGUCGGCCGAGAGCUGAUUCGCUCCUCAGGAGACUCGCUGAGACUCUUAGUGGCCAACAUGGACGCCAACAAGAACUCCCUCUCCAAAUGCUGAACAGGAAGUCAAGCCUGCUUCCUCACACUUCCUGUUUCUCACACACACACCAAAGAAAACAAAACGUAGUCCUGCAUGAAAAGUCCUCCAAACUCAUGUCAGUCUUUGAUAUGCUUACACUCCUUUUCCCGUUUUCUACUUAGAAACUAUUUUCUCACGUGGAAUAUUCAUACAGUUCUUCUUCUACAGGGAAAUAAAACUUACUUUGUCUUUGACUUGUUGUGUCCAUGUGGCAGCGCCCUGCUGUGGUCACCAGGAAUGUGGGCGGAGGGCCCGGGUGUGUCCGCACGCCACAAGCCUGUUUUAUAUAUAAACAUAAAAUAUAUCUAUGUAUUUAUAGACUGUGGCAUCUGACCACUAGUGUGUGUGUGUGUUUGUGUGUGUGUGUGUGUGCGCAGGGGCACACGUGUCUAACAUACAUGAAAAUAAGACUAAAAUCUUGGUCACGUUUGAGGUGAACUAAAGCGGCUGA